GCCCCGCCUGGGGGCCCGAGGCCUGUCGCUCCAUCUGGGGGUCCGGCGCCCGCCGCUCCGCCUGAGGGCCCGAGACCUGUCGCUCCAUCUGGGGGUCCGGUGCCCGCCGCUCCGCCUGAGGGACCGAGACCUGUAGUUCCGCCUGGGGGUCCGGUGCCCGCCGCCCCGCCUGGGGGCCCGAGGCCUGUCGCCCCGCCUGGGGGCCCGAGGCCUGUCGCCCCGCCUGGGGGCCCGAUGCCUGUCGCCAUGCCCGGGGGCCCGCCCGAUGUGCCUCUGCCCGGAGUCCUGCCCGAUGUGCCUCUGCCCGGAGUCCUGCCCGAUGUG